UGUCUACAUCACAGACAGGGCGUCCAUAUGCUGACACUGAAAUUCAACUUACCUAUGACACUCUCAUUUGGCAUGUAUUUUCUGUUCUGGUCACUAAUUGGCUCCUUCACGUGUUUAGAAACGUGUUAACAGUUUUGAGUUAUUGUGUUUAAAAGAAGACUGCUGUGUGCUGUGUGCUUUCUACAAGUUCAGCGAGUUGCAAAAUGUAUUUAGAUGAAUGAGAAUGUGUUUAGAGUUUUGCAAAAAGGGUGAAUCAGAUCUCCAAAUUAUCCAACUACGUGAAAUUCUUUGUCUUGAUUCGACUCUUUGGGCUUGAAAUCUCCACCUUUGCGAGCCACCAGCUUAAUAACCCGUAUCUAUAUUUCUCCUCCAUAAUGUAUUCUAUUUAAAUCAGAAUUGAUUCAGCUGCCGUGUUCAGUAUCAGUUCAUGUUUCCCUGUUUGGUUUCGUUUUAAUGCACUCAAAGGCAGCUAUUCUUCAAACAUAAAAUCCAGUAUAUGGUCAAAGUUCGCUUGUUGGCAAGACGUGAAACAUUUUCGGAUGAGUGGGGAGCGUCAGUGUCACGAUUCCCUAAUAUUAACGGAAAAAUGUAGCAAUAUUUAUGAGUAAUUAUGAUUGAAUGGGAAAUACGCCUCCCAUACACCAGUUUCGUUGUAAAAGACAAAGGAGACUGUUCGUCUUAUACGUUGCCGUCGUUAUAUAUCGAUGGUUAAUAGUUAAAAACUGAAGUUCCCAGUUAAUCUGCGUGUCACAGUUCAGUGUUUUUGCCUUUGGACUCAUCGAUCUACUGUCUCACAAAGAAAAUCAUUAGUCAUCUUGCACCAGGACCAAUUUGCCGCAUUACUCCAGUACUAAUUUAAUGUAAGUAAUAUUCCCGAUAAUGUACCGAUAUUAUUCGAUUUAUCUUGUCAAAUAGUCAUUUUUAUUCCCAGAGCGACGCUGGAAGGUAGAUUAAUAGUGUAGCAUGGAGGAUGGUACUUUCUCCCAUGCCUCCCCAGCGGAGAUUUUGGAGCGGAUCUCGGCGCAGCUGGGCUGCAGCCCAGGCUCGGCGGAGCUGGCCGCGCACCUUGACAGUACCGAUGAGCUGGGACACCUGCGGGGACUAUUCCACAUGCCCAAAACCACAGACCUGUCUCCCACUGACCCCAGGCUCGUCGACAGCGCGGAGGACGGCGUUUAUCUGGCGGGAAACUCACUCGGGCUGCAGCCAAAGAAAACCAAGGAGUACCUUGACGCGGAAUUGGACAAAUGGGCAAAAACGGGAGUUCAUGGCCAUACAGAAGGAAGCCGGCCUUGGGCCUGGGCUGAGAACACUAUAGAAGAAAUGAUGGCUCAUCUUGUUGGAGCUGAGGUUGAGGAGGUGGCUUUGAUGAAUGGCUUGACGGUUAAUUUGCACCUUCUACUGCUGUCUUUCUACAAACCCACAGGCAGACGUCACAAAAUCCUCAUUGAGGACAAGGCGUUCCCCUCUGAUUAUUACGCCGUGCAGUCCCAGAUACGCCUGCGAGGAUACGAGCCGGAGCGCAGCCUGCUCCUGAUCAGGCCCAGGGAGGGAGAGGACACUCUGCGUACUGAGGACAUCCUGGCCACCAUCGAGAAGGAGGGAGAAUCCAUCGCUGUCAUCCUGUUCAGCGCGGUGCAGUAUUACACAGGACAGCUGUUCGACGUGGCCACCAUCACCACAGCUGGCCAGGCGAAGGGCUGCCUCGUGGGCUUCGACUGCGCACACGCUGUGGGGAACGUGCCACUGCGGCUGCACGACUGGGGUGUGGACUUCGCCUGCUGGUGCUCCUACAAGUACGUCAAUUCUGGAGCAGGCGGCUUGGCUGGAGCGUUCAUCCACGAAAAGCACUCGGGCAGCAUCAGGCCAGCGCUGUGGGGCUGGUGGGGGCAUGACCUGAAGUCGCGGUUUCUGAUGGAUAACGAAAUGCAGCUGAUUCCUGGUGUUGGAGGAUACAGACUAUCCAACCAGCCCAUAUUAUUAGUGUGCCCCCUCCAGGCCAGUCUAGAGGUCUUCAGCCAGACCAGCAUGCAGGCCCUGAGGAGGAAGUCCGUCCUCCUGACGGGAUACCUGGAAUACCUUCUGAAGCGGAACUUCGCCCACGAGGACGCCAACCCACGCAAGGCCCACGUGCGCAUCGUGACGCCCUCAGAUCCGGCCCAGCGUGGCUGCCAGCUCUCGCUCUGUUUCUCCGUGCCCGUUGCCAACAUCUUCAGGGAGCUGGAGCGGCGGGCGGUCGCUUGCGACAUGAGGGAGCCCGACGUCCUGAGGGUCGCCCCAGUUCCGCUCUACAACUCCUUCCGCGAUGUGCACCGCUUCGUCUGCAUUCUGGGGGAGGCCCUAGCUGCUAGCCAAGGUCAUCCACAGGGGGCGCUGUUGUGAUGGAAGGAGCUGUCACCCUCCCUUCCAGACCAAGCCACAUCUGCGCACAUGGCCACCUGGUACACUGAUAUGAAUGUAACAACAAUAAUAAUAAUAAUAAUAAUAAUUUAUUAAGUGGACUGUGAAUGGUUCUGCUGUGUCCUGAAGACCCAGUCCAGAUGUGUUAAUGUCACUGUUAAAAUUCCUCUGUAAGAAAACAGAUGAUUUUCAAAAUCAGAAUUAUUCAAAUGGCAGCUUUCUUUCAAAGCACACAUUUGUGUAGGACGUCUGCUGCUGGCACUGACUCUCCAGGGAAUCCUCACUCAUGCAUAGUCAAUGCUGCAGACCCCCGUCGGCAGACAAUACCCUGGUGCCAAAUUGCCACUGUUCAGCUGAAAUCAGACCCAUUCUUGACAUUAAAAACAUUUAGAAAAAUAAAAAUCCAACCUACCAGAAACUGUACGAUCAACCAGCUGCUGUUCACAAAUGAUGAUAAUUAUCAGUGUUUUCCUUUUUUUUUUUUGUCAACCUCUAUGGCAGAAAAUUUCACAUUUGACUUGAUUGGCCCUUGAUUGUAUCUACCAUGUAUAAUGACAUCAGUCACGUUUGAUGUAACUCUACCUAUUCUUAAAAGCCCACGAGUGUUAACUUGUGAAAUAUGCAGCUGUUACUGGCCACUUUGUACACCAAAAUGACACUUCUGUCCACUCAGUUGAGUUGUACUUUACGCAACGAAAAUCACACUUAAAAGGAGCAAAAGUUGAUGGCGAAAACUGAACUAUAUUCCACUUUAAGGUGCUUUCAUUUUACAAAUGGGAACGAACUUGCCUGACGCUGGUGCUGUUAUUGUGAAAGUUUGCUGCCCUCAGUCUCCGUUUCCCUGACUUCAAAUGAAUGUCAGCAUGCUCACUGCUUACUGCUGAGUGGUUGGUACUGUAACAGCGAGAGUUUUCCCUCUUUAAGCCAAUGUAUAUCUGUGAGCUUUCCAUAGGUGUGACCUGCUACAUACAUCACCAGACCGUUCGAGCCGCUUGGGCUGAUGGAUGGCGGCUUGUCCGAAAUGAUCUUCCCUGUCAACUCCACAAAACGCUUCUGCCUGGCUGUCAGUCUUGAAAGCAGAGCUGGCUGAAAUGCACUUGAUUUGCUGGGGGCUCUUAGGGGAAGGUGCUGAGUUUGGCCUCUCUCUCACCAUGAAAACUCACAAUGGAAACGCCAUUCAGUUAAUUUCCAUCUUCCUGUUUUGUCAGACCACAUUCUUAUAACAAUGAUUGAUACUGACACGACAUGCAGAAUCUGGAAGAAAAAUUAAUACAUGUAUUUUAAGCAUUUAUCUUUCACUUUGGUGUUUCAGUAUGAUUUUCAAUGCCGGUAUGAAUUUCAAAUGUUUUGGAGAUUAUCCUAGGGGGACAAAAUCCAUUGUUUUAACUGUAGUGGACUGAAAGUGGGUUUAAUAAAAGUUGGUUUAAUAAGUA